AUGUUGUUGGUAGAGAUUCAAAGUCUUUACCAUGUUCUGUGCGCCAAGAAUGAUGAAUGUUGGACACAGGGAUUUCUGGCUCUCGUUACUGGUGAUGCUGGUGAAAUCCGUUCAGAAGUGAAAGAACAAAUUGACACAAAAGUAGCAGAGUGGAGGGAGGAAUGGAAGGCAGGCAGAGAUUGUGCCAGAGGGAUCACUACAAUCAGAGGCACAAAUUACAAAUCCCCCCAUGGGAUUCCCAUUGAUCUCCUUGAUUGCCUGCUUAUUAUUACCACCCGGCCUUAUACAGAGGAUGAAAUUUGUAAAGAUUCUGGACAUCGAUGCCAAGAAGAAGUUGAGAUGUUUGAAGAGGCAAAGCAUUUGUUGACCAAGAUUGGUGUCUAUGCACCCUUGAGGUAUGCUAUCCAUCUCAUAACAGCUUCAUUGUUGGCAUGUCAAAAGCGGAAGCGAAAUAUUGUGGAGAUGGAGGAUAUUACCCGAGUUUACCAUCUGUUUUUGGAUGUGAAGAGAUCAACACAAUACUUGAUGGAGUAUCAGAGUCGGUACAUGUUCAGUGAGGAAGGCGAUAAAGAUGAUAUCAAUGCCAUGCAAUCUGGAGAGAUUCCUUUAGACGAAAAGACUUUUGUGUUUAUUUCUGUAUCUUGCUUUACUGACUAG